AUGGCGUCUCGUAAAGUUCCAGAGGCAAACAUGCUGGUUUUGAUUAGUAAAUCGUCACGGGUAAAAAGCUCAAGGGCAAUUGUGUUGUGGCACUCUUCUUGACGCUCGAGUUUUGGCAUUUCUGGGGCAAAAAGAGGAGCGUUAUCGUCGUCUUCGUAUUUUGGCUCGAGUUUUGGAGGCUCUAAUUUGAUUGGGACGGGUUUUGUUUCGAGCUUUAUUUUAAUUUCUUGGCGAUUUUUUUCGAGGAUUUUUUCAACUUGGGCUGCUGUCAAAACACUGGUUUGGGUGCCUUUUCGUUUGAAUUCGAAAAAUUUUUGAAGUGCUGAGUUCUGGAGUGGGAACAUUAGUUAA